UUAGCUUUUGAGUCUAUCUAGUGCUUCCUUUUAAGAAUCUUUGAGGGUUAGGCAGUCGAUGUAGGGCUCAAAGUAGGUUAUUCAUAUCUCUGGUAGAAGAUCAUUGGGCAUUACCUUUUCCCCAGCCACUGGAGAGGUACACAAGUUCUCUGACAGAACUCAGCAGUUUUUCUGCUGUCUUUGUAAUGUCGUAUUUCUUCCAUUCUUGGUGAAUAGCAACUAGCAAGGGCUGGUUAUUCUGGAUUGCAAUUUGUAAUCUUGGCCUGUUCUAGUUCAUUUCGCCAAGAUAUGUAGAGUCAUUAAGCAUGGUAAUGUGUUGGUCGUUACUGUUCUGUUAGCUGAGAUCCUGGUAUCUAUAGUCUGUUAAGAUUCCUACUCCUUAUCGUCUAUGGAUUCACUAGGUACCCCUAAUUUUGGAUGCACUAGAUUCGUACUCCUGUUAGUGGGACUGGGAAGGGGCUGUAAACUGUGUCACUAUCCAGCUGCUGUAUCUAACACCAACUAGGCUCGAUUUGGUUUCUGCUUGAUGGUCUGUUUGAUGCUUGUUCAUCCGCUCAUCUGGAUGGUUGUGUUAUAAAAACCUUGCUCGUAUUAGAUCGUUUUACAAGGAGGAUAGAUUGACUUGUAUAGUUCUCAUGGUGACUGAUCACUCGCGAUGACCGUAAAAAAUCUACUUUUUUUGAGGGUUUCUCUGUUGGAUGCUGUUAUCAGAGUUGAUUUUGGUGACAAUUCCAAUGAAGUAAACAACACUUAUGAGCAUUCGCUCAAAAUGAAAAGACCACUCGAGUUGUAGAAUGGUAAUACUAUUUGCACUACGACCAGCUUCAGAAGUCUAUAUUCCUUGUGUGGUGCGGUUUGAACGAGUAAACAACGAAAUAACUCUUUGUAGUUUGUUUUGUAGUGUGAAAGUGAGGAGUUCGGUCCACGAUUACAUAUAUCAAUCAAUCAUUCACUCACUAUAAUUUGAGUUAUUUCCGUGAUGACUUCAAAUCACGGAUUAACAACCUAGAUGUCCGCCCGUAAUUGUUGUUGGGUUCUGUACAACACUGUUGGUACUCUUUGUGUAAGGUGAGGAGAUAGUGAGGUUUUUUCCUCAUUGAAAAUGGAGAAUUUCAGCUUUGGGCUUAGAGAUCGUUCAUAGAAAUGACAGUCGAUUCACCGGUAAAGGGGGGAAAAAAAAAGGAAAGAAAUCAAGAAUGAAACGACAGAAAAGAGUUUUAGUGGAUGUAGUAGGUGGUCAGUUCAGAAUAUGACGCAAAUUUGAACCAGGCCUGCUUUCUGACCAAUAUUCAUCUUCUUCCCUUCGGUCUCCUCUUCGCGCCAUAGAUAGCUCGCUUCUCGCCGGGCCAACCGUUCUCCGUUGCCGUUGAGCAAUUGGCUGCUGUCUCCGAUUAGCUUGAACAGGUUGCUCACCGCCCUUCCGUUCCUCCUUUGCUCCACUGAUUUCUCAUCGACGGCGGCGGCGGCGCGGGCCUCAAGUUCGCGGUACUUCUCAUCCCCGUAAUUUCCGUUUUCUUCUCUCAACUCCUCUGCCGUGUGGCAAGGGGAAGCCACAUUCUCCUUUGCUGCUGCUGAAGAUUCGAAGUGGUGAAGUUUUUUAGUGCUCAUUCGAGCUGUUCUGUCUUUUUGUUAAUGGAGCUUUGUAUAUGGACUGAUUGCCUUGCGCAGGUCGUUUGCUGUGCUGGGAGUGAGGUGAUAGGAUGAUAAGCAAUUCUCAAGCCAUUUUUCUGCAGAAGGGCUCUUUUGUUUUUUCUUCAAUUCUCAGACCUCAAGUUGGUCUUUGCAGAAACAAUUAUCCGCAGCUCUUGGUCAGAAAGGAGCAUAAUUUACAACCUAGGAGUUCUAAGCCACUGGGAAGACUUCAAGUGCACUGUGUGAUGGAGAAAGAGACUAAUUUGAGCUCGUCAAGAUUGGUUGACACAGUGACAGAGUCAUUGCAGGAAGCUGAUGUGAGGGAGCCCAGUGUGUCCACCAUCUUGAUGAACUUUGAGAACAAGUUUGAUCCUUAUGAUGCAAUGAGUGUGCCACUAUACCAGACAGCUACAUUUAAGCAGCCAUCAGCAACAGAAAACGGCCCUUACGACUAUACUAGAAGUGGGAAUCCUACUCGGGACGUCUUAGAAAGCUUGUUGGCAAAGCUAGAUAAAGGGGAUCGAGCACUUUGCUUUACGAGUGGAAUGGCUGCCUUGGCUGCCGUCAGUCAUCUUUUUGGAACUGGGGAUGAAAUUGUAGCUGGGGAUGACAUAUAUGGUGGAUCUGAUCGAUUGUUGUCACAAGUGAUCCCACGAAGCGGAAUUGUGGUGAAACGAGUGAACACGAGUAGCCUGGAAGAGGUUGCCUCUGCAGUGGGGCCUCAGACAAAGCUCGUGUGGCUGGAAAGCCCAACAAAUCCGCGCCAGCAAAUUUCAGAUAUCCGCAAAAUUGCAGAGAUAGCCCAUGCAAAUGGUGCUCUUCUUUUGGUGGAUAAUAGUAUAAUGUCUCCUGUUUUGUCACGACCAUUAGAGCUUGGGGCAGACAUUGUAAUGCACUCAGCAACUAAGUUCAUUGCUGGGCAUAGCGAUCUUAUGGCUGGAGUACUUGUUGUCAAAGGAGAAAGCUUGGGGAGGAAUUUGUAUUUCUUGCAAAAUGCGGAGGGCUCAGGUCUUUGCCCGAAUGAUUGCUGGCUUUGUUUGCGAGGUAUUAAGACGAUGGUUUUGCGUGUUGAGAAACAACAGGAGAAUGCACAGAAGAUAGCUGAGUUUCUUGCUUCCCAUCCACGAGUUAUAAGGGUCAACUAUGCCGGACUUCCUGAUCAUCCUGGUCGUGAACUGCACUAUUCCCAGGCACAGGGUGCAGGAUCAGUGCUCAGCUUCCUGACGGGAUCACUCGCUCUCUCAAAGCAUAUCGUCGAGACCACCAAGUAUUUCAGCGUGACAGUUAGUUUCGGGAGCGUGAAGUCGCUCAUAAGCAUGCCAUGCUUCAUGUCACAUGCAAGCAUCCCUGCUGCAGUCAGAGAAGCCAGAGGCCUGACCGAGGAUCUCAUACGAAUCUCUGUCGGGAUCGAGGACGUGGAUGAUCUCAUUGCUGAUCUGGACUUCGCCCUGAAAACUGGACCUGCUGCAUAGAGCUCCCUGAAGAAGUAACCACGAACUCUUCCUUGCCUCUUUAACAUCUAGUAGUAGUACAUCCACGAAUUCUUCACACAAUCAAAGCUGGUCCUCCUUUCAAUUGGGAUCACUAGUGUAUGUUAUUGACAUUAAAAAUUGGAAUACUUGGUCAAUCAAGAAGAAGAUUUUGCAUUUCUUCAUUUUGCAUUGAUGGCGAUGAAGAAUGGGGAGCUUUUCGCCUGGGCAACGAUUCGGUCCACAGUCAAAUAAAUUAAGACCGAAUCGAUAUUGGACCAUAUCUAACCAAAUCGAGUUGAUAUCCAAUCUAACACAAUCAACUAUUGAUCGUGGCAAUGCUUUAUUAUAUGACUGACCUAUCGACUAAUCAUUUGAUGGCCACAAAUGUACGUUCUAUAUUCUUGUUUAAAUUAUAUGUUCUUCUGAAUAGAAAUGAAUCUUGUUUUUUAUU